AUGAAAGAGAUAGCAAUAUUUCAACUCUUUUAUAUCACUUUGCUCAUUUAUUUUCUCCUCCAUGUCAUCCCUACAGCAUCUCAACAAUACCCGGAUGAGCAUGGGUUUGAUUACAAGAAUAGUAGAAAGGGGCCCGGUAAAUGGGGAGAGCUUCAUAGAGAAUGGAGGGCAUGUAGCAAUGGAUCCAUGCAGUCUCCAAUUGAUCUUCUUAAUGAAAAAGUUAAAAUUGUUCCUCAAUUAGGAACUCUUAAAAGAAGAUAUCAACCUUCAAAUGCUACUCUUAAGAAAAGAGGUCAUGAUAUCAUGUUGAAAUGGCAACCUGGAGGUGGAACUCUGAAAAUUAAGGGCACUGAAUAUAUUCUCAAACAAUGUCACUGGCAUUCCCCUUCUGAGCACACCAUUAAUGGCAAACGUCAUGACCUAGAGAUCCAUAAGGUACAUAAAAGCAAAGAUGGCAAGGUUGCUGUAGUUGGAAUAAUAUACAAAAUUGGAAGACCAGACUCCUUCUUGUCUUCAUUGGAAGAGCGAUUAAGAUUGGUUGCUGGCACCAAAGAAAAUGAGACUCUGGCUGGCAUAAUUAAUCCAAAAGACAUAAAAUUAGGAAGUAGAGAGUAUUACAGAUACAUCGGAUCGCUUACAACUCCUCCUUGCACCGAGAAUGUUCUCUGGACUAUUGUUAGAAAGGUGAGAACUGUUAGUAGAAAACAAGUGAAUCUACUUCGUGCAGCAAGCCAUGAUAAAUCAAAUUCAAAUGCAAGACCAAUACAAGGAAUAAAUGGAAGAUCAGUACAACUUUAUAGUCCAAGAUCAUCAAGGGAGGAAUGA